AUGGACGGCGGAGCAUCGUAUAAUCCUCGCACGGUGGAAGAAGUUUUUAGGGAUUUUAAAGGUCGAAGAGCUGGCAUGAUUAAAGCUCUUACUACUGAUGUUGAAGAGUUUUACCAGCAGUGUGAUCCUGAGAAGGAAAAUCUCUGCCUUUAUGGAUUUCCUAGCGAGCAGUGGGAGGUCAAUUUACCAGCUGAAGAGGUGCCUCCUGAGCUUCCAGAGCCUGCCUUAGGUAUCAACUUUGCCAGAGAUGGGAUGCAAGAAAAGGACUGGUUGUCUCUGGUUGCUGUUCACAGUGAUGCGUGGUUACUCUCUGUGGCCUUCUAUUUUGGGUCUAGGUUUGGAUUUGACAAACCUGAUAGAAAACGCCUUUUCAACAUGAUAAAUGAUCUUCCAACAAUAUUUGAGGUUGUGACUGGAACGGCUAAGAAACAAGUAAAAGAAAAGUCAUCGGUUUCAAAUCACAGCAGCACUAAAACUAAAUCAAACUCUAAGGUGCAGCGAGGCUCUGAAUCCCAGGGCAAGUUUUCAAAGGCAAUGCAAGCAAAGGAUGAAGAUGAUGAGGGCUUGGAUGAAGAAGAUGAAGAAGAGCAUGGAGAGACACUAUGCGGUGCUUGUGGAGAAAACUAUGCCUCUGAUGAGUUCUGGAUUUGCUGUGACGUCUGUGAGAAGUGGUUCCAUGGAAAAUGUGUUAAGAUCACUCCAGCUAGGGCUGAGCAUAUUAAGCAGUACAAAUGCCCAUCCUGCAGCAACAAGAGAGCUCGACCAUGA